AUGGCACAUCAGGUCGUUGAUCAGCAAAGCGCCACCUCAGCGGCAUCAACGUGCUCGUCGCUGUCCUACCUCUCUAUCACCCAGGCGCGCUCGCCCAGAGACAACGGAGAGUGGAGACCUCGCCGCCGCCACGCGCCUCCUCCAGCGUUACCUACACAUCGUCGUGCCAGAGGCUACGAUGACCUGUUNCCCUUUGAAGUCAGCCAGCUAGCGUCAGUCCUUUGCCACGCACCACCUGUCAAUACGCCCAGAGAUGGAGCAGUGUGGACGGCGUAUGUGGCUCACACUAACCAGCGCACGGCUCUGCUCGGCCCCAAACUCAGAGCAUCCACUUCACUUCCAAGCUUCCUGCCUUGGUCCGCCAAUCACGGCACAUGCUGCCUACAUCGUCGUCUUAACACCAAACCUCUGGAAGAUAUUUUUGCGGCUCUACGAUAUGAGGCCGAGGUCAGAACACAGGAGGUCUGGCAGCAUGUGGCCUUGGCCGGUGCCCUGUCGGCCUCACAAACCGAACAGCUAGCGUUGAUGGAUGAGCUGCAGUCACUAUGGCUUCCACCAUCUAGAUUCAUGGAGAAGUUCAACCGCUUGCCUGCCCAGAGGUUCGCAUAUCAAACUGAUGGAUGCGUUGCUUGUAUCCUGGCAAGAAUGGGAGGCAACUUUGACACUGCCAUGGCUCUAGGUGCCUUAUUGUUAGGCUCAAUGCGUCGAUCGGAUAUGCUGAGUACCCGUGUCUGCUUUUGUCGCGAGUGGGUUCGAUACACUGUCGAUGGCGACAUUGAUUGUGUGGACACUGCUCUCGCCGACAUGGAGACGAUGGGUACGAAGUUUAGAAAGGCGAGGAAGUGGGCACGUCGGCGAACGAAAGCCACAAUCGAGCAUCAGAUAGAGAAGCUCGAAUUGGGCGCUAUGUCACAAGUGCAAACAGGCUUACCUAGCCUCCACAGAUCAGUUACUACUGGACAGCCAGUCUCUCCCGGAUCAAAUCCGGAUGUUGAAUGGCAACAAGAUGGUCCCACCCCAUAUCACCAACCUCCUCCCAACCUAUACCAAUCGGAACAACACUACCCAACUCGCAACUCUGCCGAGCCUCAGCGUUUUGAUCCUGGACGCACUGUAGCUCGAGACUAUCCCUCUGAGCCCGGCAUGCCACUGCAGGAACGACUCCAGGGAGCAACCUCUCAAGCAAGCUGGAAAGACAGAAACAUACUUCUUGAUCCGAGUUCCAACAGCCAGGCAAGUCAGUCGAAAGUCACAGCUUCAGUAGUCAACAGUACUGCUGAAACAAACCCGAUGAACACGUCUCCGUCGAAAAUGACCAACAAAAACCUGAUGAACUCACCAACAUCUCUUUACUCCGAGUUCACCAGCAAUCCUUUUCUGGAUGGCAACUCCCCUGCUUCACCCCUUGAAGACAGAUCCAUGCCUCCCGACCUGCCAUUUCGUCUCUUCGAACGACGUUGCGUACGUGACAAUGACGGAACACCCAGUCCACCCAAGAAUGCCGUGCAAUGGCCCAAACAGACUCCUCUAGUUAAGCAGUCCACGGCGGACCAAUUCAAGGAUAACCUCAUCCCCGUACCCAUUCUGGCGAGACUUGACAAAAGUCAUUCGUCUAUUGGUGCUCUCUGGAAGAGGAGGGCAAGAAAACCAAAGGUCAAUCAAGAUGUGAUCAGGUAG